AUGGCUCGAACUUCGAAGCCCUCUAUAUUCAGGAAUAUGGAUACCUUCCUAUCCUCGAAGCUCUCAAAUCUAUCUCAAUAUCCAGAAACCGCUCCCAGCUUGCCAAACGCCAGACUCGCCAGUCCUCCAGCUUCUCGUCCUCAUACCCCACAUCAGAUAUUGGCUUUCAACACCAUGGAGGUUCUCAAAGCUCUAGCCUCUCGCCUAACCACAAAUUCCACACCUAAUCAAAUCCCACGGGCCACGAUAGAACAAGAACUGCCAUCCUCCCCCGUCCCUGAGCGACCGACCGGGUCGAGCUUGAUUAAUUACCAAACGCCUAUCGGGCAAACUGGGCCCUGCCCAAAAUUUGGCUUAAUGCGCGGCGGCGCUCGCCGCAAAAACCAGUUUGUGGCUUCCCGGUCCCCCCAGACUCCUUGCCCGCUGGCCGAGGACCAGCUGGAGCUGGCCCCGGCGGCCCCCGUCGCCCCUGUCGCCACUGUCCCCCCCGCCGUCGAGCAGCGGCAAGCUGUAUAUUUAUUGUAUCUUCAGAAUCUUACCAAUCGCCCCCCUGAGCAGUACCAAGCUGCUUAUCAUCAGAUUCAUCCUUCCGACAUCAUUAACGCAUACGGAUUGGGAUUACUGUAUACCGUUAUUUUUAUUAUCGCACUUAUCCUCGCCUUUCGCUUGCCCGCCAUUUUCCUGUAG